AAAAUCCAAUUCCGUCACCGAGAAACGCCAGAAACAGAGAAAAAGGAGAAAGAGGAAGAUUGCACUGCAGAAAUUGCUAGAAUCAUCUAGCAGCCUGAGAAGCCCUAAUCUUCUUGGAUAGAUAAAGAAAACCCAACUCUCUCUCCGGCACUCUGUUUUAAUCCAGUUCAAAAUUUUUUGAAAUGCCGAAUGCCAUGGACCGUGCGGACACGGAAAUGAUGGAGACCGAGACUGGCGCUGCACAACCGGAGCUGGCAUCCAACACUGGCCAAAAUGACGUCGUCAGAGGGUUACUCACAUUGGCUCGCCAACUCAUCGAUCAAGGAAAACCUUCCCAGGCCCUCCAAGCGGUUGUAAUGGCAAUGAGAGCUGAAGGUGGGGAUGAAGCUGUAUUUCAGUCUCUGAAUCGUGCUCGUGAACUUUACAGAAGCAGACUGCAAGAAAAUGCUGCUGCUGAUCAGCUGGCUUCUUUGUUUGCCGAGUGUGCAAUUGUUGAAGCCCAGCCUUUAAAAACUGGAUCAUCGAUGAAUAACGUGGUUAUCCCAUCAGUUUUACCAGAGGAUGCCCAUGGUGCUUCUAUACUGGCAGAAACUGGGAGGAUGCAAGUAGUGCUGGAUGCAUUCUCAGAUGGGAGCAGCUUCAUUUGCUUGCAGUGUGGGGGUCUUGUUAGUAACCAUCGGAAAGAGGAGCACUAUGCCUACUGGUGUUGCCAAAUCUGAUGCCCAGAGAUAUGGGAUGGGUAAUUUUCUCUUGCUCAAAAUGCGACGCUUCUCUAAAUGUGUGGUUACAGCAUGAUUACAAUACCGAUGUUCCCCUCUUGUACUUACAGUGAAGUUUCCUUGAUUUCUGAUGCUCUAAUGGUCGCAUAUGCUAGGCAUGGUCAUUUGCAGGCAAAACAUACAAUGAAUGCUCUAGGAUUUACAGGUCAUAUAUCUGCUGGGAUGAAUGCUAAAAAUCUGUUGCCUUGUACGAGUACUGUAGAAUCUUGUAAUUUUAUAGUCAUUUCAAAAUGUCAAAUGUGAUAUUUUGAGCUAUUGUGUCUAUAUGUAAUUUAACAUUUAAGGUUUUGGGCAAUAAUUACGGUGCUGGCAGAUUUCUACUA